UGCCGAUCAGAAUGGCGAACAUCAGAGAUUUUGUAAAUGUUUGAUCGCGUGAGUAAUAUCACCCAAUUACUUUCAAUUUCUGACUGGAAUUAUGACAAUAUAAAAACAAGAUUCAUGAUGAACUUCACACCGUUUGGAGGUCAUUUCCCUACAGCUAUCCCCACAAUACAUCAAUUCGCAGCAAAGUUUUCUCAGGAAAACACUUCCAGUACCCUAUGCCCAACUCAGGAGAACAAUAGCAAUAGAUAUACUGCAAAUGGAGUACCUUCUUUUACCCAGCACCAUCCUCCUACUCAACAACAAAUGAUCAACACCAGUAAAUAUCAAACGAAUUAUAUGAACCAGUCAAUAUAUGGCCACCAAAGCAGCGUUCGACAAGAAAAACGACAGGGUUAUGAGCACCAAGAGCUGGCUCAGGAAUUAUGUGCCGCUAUGCUACAACAAAACCAAAACCAGCAACAGGAAAAACAAAACAAUGACAAAAAUAAGACAGAAUCUCAAGAAAAUGAUAGACGCAAUCAACAGAACCAACAACAGCAUCAACAGGUUCAAAAUCAGCAGCAGAACCACACGGCAACCUCGAUGCCUUCCACUUGGCAGUCCUUAGCAACUCCUGGGUCAACAGUCGCUGAUUAUUUGUCCCACCUGCCAGCAUCCACCUUACCUUUGAGUUUACAUCAUUUCCUCAAAUACUCGGCUGAGACGAUAAAAAAAGAAAGUGCCCAACAGCUGAGUCAAAACAAUGAACCCAAUUUGAACCUACUCCACAACAAUCCGUUGAACGUGAACGGUCUGAGUACGAAUUUAAACACGAAUAUAACAACAAACUCCAAUACGUUGGGAACGAGUUCCAUCAAUAAUUUAUCAUCAAUCAACACUGCCCAAGUCCAGUCGAGUCCACCCAAGAAAAAGAAGAAGAAAAAACCCGAAAAGGAGAAGAAACCUAGACCUAAGCCUGGCGAAAUUCGUUUAACGACAGCAUUGGACGGCUCUACGUUGUACUGUUGUCCCGAAUGCCACAUGGCUUAUCCCGAAAAAGAGCUUCUUGAGCAACACUUAGUUGGUCACACUUUAGAGCGCAGAUUUGUCUGUGAUAUUUGUGGCGCAGGAUUAAAACGGAAAGACCACUUGACGAGACACAAGCAGUCGCAUAAUCCUGAAAGACCUUACGUAUGUACGGUGUGUCUCAAGGCCUUUAAGCGCAAAGAACAGUUGACUUUGCAUUUUGUUAUACAUUCGGGAGAAAAAAGGCAUAUUUGUACCGAGUGCGGGAAAGGGUUUUAUCGAAAGGAUCAUUUGAGGAAACACACCAGGUCACAUAUUGCUCGGAGAGUAAAGGCUGAACUCUCUCAACAAGGAAAUACUCAAGCUCUCCAAUUACAAGUUUCGGCACCUACGCCGUCUAGUAAUACAGUCAGUCAAGGUAUACUAUCGUAAUUAUCUCGAACGUUUUUUCUUUUUUAAUGCGAAGUUUAGGAUAUCUGAUGGUUUUGAUUGUUUUAUUGGCUGUGAAAUUAACAAUAAAAUAACGUUUGAGGUUUAGUCUCUACUGGAAAAUUGUUUGGUCGAAUCCAAAUUUGUUGCUGCCGUUGGGCAUCCUAAACUUUAAUGUAUACAGAGUCUUUUUUUAUUCCUAGUCAUUCCAAGGGUAUCAGUUUUCGUCAAGACACUACCUCACUGUAUUUUUAAUUGUGAUAAAAAUUUUAACUCUGUAUAUACAAAAAGAUUAUUUUAUGGUACAAAAUUUGCUUUAAAGGAAUAGUACAAAAAUAGUUGUUAUUUGUUGUUUAUUUUCUGUUUAUUUUUGUAUUUAUUAUUGUUCAGCGUUUAUUUAUGCAGCAAAGUUUAUAUUAUGGUGACUGUAACUUUCGAAAUUAGGGUAUUAAAUUUUGCUGCAAUUUAUUUUUUCUACUUUGUAUAUUAUAGACUUGUUUAAAACUUUAGAUUUAGACGAAAACGAGUAUUAUUUGCCAAUAUAAUGAUAAGCAAUUGAAAGUCUGCCAUUUGUAAAUUUUAGAUUUUCAGGAGAUGAGGCUUUCCAAAUUUGCACUAUUUUAGGCGUAGAAUUUAUUGUGAUUUGCGAACAUAUUGAUAUUAUGUUUAUUAAAUUUAUAUAUUUGGGUACUAUUAAGUAAGGAACGAGUAUAACAAAAAUAUUUUGUAAGGCAGAAAAUUUAUGAAGAGUGUUUAUAUAACGAUAAGCAUGUAUGUAUAUCGAGAAAUAUUUGUAUGGAUUUAAUAUCUAUUUUUAAAAAGAUAGUUUUAACAACAUUCCAGAAUCUGAAAGUUUGUUUUAAACAACUAAGUGUGCUUUCAAAAAGCAAUAAACACAGCGGUAAUUUCAGUAUUCUAAUAUAAAUGUUCAACCCAUAAAAGAUUGGCUCACCAAGCAAAAAUUAAAUUUUUGAUUAAGGUUUCAGCAUAACUAACAUGACUAAUCCGUAUUUUAUGUAUCCAUAGACUAGAACUGUACUACAGAAAUUUUGCUUUUUUUUCGGAAAACAAGUUCUGUUGUAACGUUAACUAACAACUUAUUUCCGAAAGGAAUAUUUUAGUAUACAACACAACAAUAAAAAAUAGUACAAACAUGUAUGCCAUAUAAUCUUAAGCUAAGUCAAAGUACAUGUCUAUACCAAGUGAAAAUAAUUUUAUCAUUAGUAAUUAGUUACAGAAAGAAUUUACACUUUACAUUAUAACUCACUGGACAAUCUCAUUUUAUUCAUUUGGAAGUUUACAUCAGUAAAUGGUUCAGUUAAAAGUGUAAAUACUUUUUUGUACUGCUUGUAGCCCAGAGCUUCCCAUGUAUUUGCUUUAUUAUGUAUGAAGAAUAAAACUUAA